UGUGGAGCGCGUCCUGCUGACCUCAGCCUGACUUCCUGACACCGAUUUCAAGUCGGGACUUUAUCUUUGUUCAAUAAAGCGUUAUCAAGAACCUGGCGUUGUUAUUGGAGAGAGGACAGGACAAGCCACCAGUCAGCUCUCAAGAUGGCCUUUGUCCCAGCACCGGGCUACCAGCCCACCUACAACCCGACGCUGCCCUACAACCAGCCCAUCCCAGGCGGCCUCAGCAUCGGAAUGUCCAUCUACAUCCAAGGAGUGGCCAACGAGAAGAUGAAGCGGUUCUACGUGAACUUCGUGGUGGGCCAGGACCCAGGGGCCGACAUCGCCUUCCACUUCAAUCCCCGCUUCGACGGCUGGGACAAGGUGGUCUUCAACUCACAGCAGGGUGGCCACUGGGGCAGCGAGGAGCGGAAGCGGAGCAUGCCCUUCAGAAAGGGGGCGCCCUUCGAGCUGGUGUUCAUGGUCAUGGCGGAACACUACAAGGUGGUGGUCAACGGAAACCCCUUCUAUGAGUUUGGACACCGGCUGCCCCUGCAGAUGGUUACCCACCUGCAAGUGGACGGGGACCUGCAGCUUCAAUCAAUCAACUUCAUCGGGGGCCAGGUCGCCCCAAAUCAGAGACCGGUGGGCGCGCCACCUCACCACGGCCCGGGACCCAGCCACCCGCACCUGAGCAGCCUGCCCACCAUGACCGGACCCCCAGCCUUCAACCCGCCUGUGCCCUUUGUGGGGAAGCUGCACGGGGGGCUGGCAGCCCGAAGGACCGUCAUAAUCAAGGGCUACAUCCUCCCCACCGCCAAGAGUUUUGCCAUUAACUUCAAGGUGGGGUCCUCAGGGGACGUGGCUCUGCACAUUAAUCCCCGCAUGGGCGAGGGCUCCGUGGUUCGGAACACCCGGACCAACGGCUCCUGGGGCUCGGAGGAGAGGAAGAUCCCCCACAACCCGUUUGGCCCUGGCCAGUUCUUUGAUCUGUCCAUUCGCUGCGGCCUGGAUCGCUUCAAGGUGUACAACAACGGCCAACACCUCUUCGACUACUCCCAUCGCCUCCCAGCCUUCCAGGCAGUGGACACACUGGAAAUCCAGGGUGACAUCACCCUGUCUUAUGUUCAGGUCUGAUCUGCUCCUGAGCAAAACGCCUGGAAAGAGAACAAUUCCCCAGGGUGCCUUUCUAACCCAAUAAAAUGUCAGAGAUGGUCUUGUG